AAGUCCUGUCUGCUUAACUGCGAGUCUUCUUUUCCCCAAUCAUCUAUCAGCUGUCCUAAUUGUCCCGAAACCCGAUUCGUCUACGUUAUGCAAUCAGUUUUGGCGGCGGUGGUGGUGGUACUUUAAUGUUAAUUAAUUUUACCCUUAGUGUAAGGUGAAAGCUAUUCGAAAUGGCAUCAAGUGGCAUUGGCAUUAUUGCAAGAACAUUUUCAUCGUCGUCGAUGGCUCAGCAGAUGAUAAAACCACCGAUUCAAGUUUUUGGCUUAAAUGGUCGUUAUGCCACAGCUCUGUAUUCUGCUGCCAGUAAACAAAAAUCUUUGGAUACUGUUGAAAAGGAUUUACUUAAAUUUCAACAAUUGUUAAAAACUGACAAGAAAUUAAUCGAAUUUAUCAAAGAUCCUUCCAUAAAGCGCAAAGUAAAAUCUGAUAUUUUACAUCAAACUAAAUUUAACUUCAACCCAGCAACGAUAAAUUUUUUGAAACUUCUCGCUGAAAAUGGAAGAUUAGCAAGUGCAACUCAAAUAGUUAAUAUCUUCAAAAUCAUAAUGGCAGCAAGCAGAGGAGAAGUGGUUUGCGAAGUAAUCACCGCCAGUCCACUCGAUGGGGAUAAUAAGUCAAAAUUAGAAAAAGCUUUAAAAUCAUAUUUGAAAAAAGGUCAAACCAUCGUACUCACGACAAAAAUUGAUCCAUCUAUAAUUGGUGGUUUGAUUAUAUCCAUUGGUGAUAAAUAUGUAGAUAUGAGUGUCGCUAGUAAACUCAAGAAAUACACAGAAGCUCUCAAUCAAGCUAUUUAAAAUCAAUUUUUCAACUUAAUGUUAUCAUAAUGUAAGAAAAUUUAAAUAAAUAGGUAUC